AUGGCUCAACUGGUUGUCGACAAGCCAGCCUCUUCCGAGCUUGAGAUUGAGGUACACGAUCAACCUAUGUCUGUAGUCAUUGACGCCGAGAAGUUUCCUCUCCUGGCUGCGAUGACUCAGGAAGAGCGAACAGCGAUUGAGACAAAGCUACGAUGGAAGGUUGACUUUCGCCUACUUCCGAUACUUGUUCUCAUGUAUAUCAUGAACUAUCUUGAUAGGAAUACUAUCGCGCAGGCCAAGCUGGGUGGACUGGUGGAAGACCUUGGUUUGACCGAUAGCCAGUAUCUUACAUGCGUGGCGAUCCUGAACGCCGGAUAUCUCCUGAUGCAGGUACCGUCCAAUAUAUGGCUCAACAAGUUUGGCAAGCCCGGGGCAUACAUAUCAUGCUGCAUGGUGGUCUGGGGUGCUAUCUCCACCGCUUCUGGUGCUACCCAUAACUUUGCUGGGCUUUUCUGCGCUCGGUUUUUCCUUGGCUUUGUGGAAGCUGCCUUUUAUCCGGGUGCGAUGUUUACUCUCAGCACAUGGUACAAGCGUGAGGAGUUGAGUAAGAGAAUGGCCCUGUUUUACACAGGAUCCCAAAUCUCCGGCGCGUUUUCCGGGUUGAUUGCUGGAGGCGUUGUAUUUGGUAUGGAUGGUUUACGCGGUCUCAGGGCUUGGAGGUGGCUUUUCCUUCUCGAGGGUGCGGCCACCAUACUCAUAGCCAUGAGCGCAUUCUUUAUCCUCCCAAACUUCCCUCAAACAACCAAGUGGCUCACCCCAGUCGAAAAGGAGAUGGCGGUAUGGAGACUCCAGGCUGAUAUCACCCAUGCUGAGUGGACAUCUUCAGAGGAGCAAAUAACUUGGAAGGCCUUCAUCAUGGCCAUGAAGGAUUGGCGCAACUGGUUCUUCGUGGCCAUGGUUUAUGGAACCGGGGCCAGUCUUGCUGUGAACAACUUCUUCCCUUCUGUCCUCGCUACGCUUGGUAGAGGCCGCGUGGAGACGCUGCUUCUCACAAGCCCCCCAUUCCUUCUAUCAUGCAUCACGAUGUUCAUCAUUUGUUGGAAUGCGGACCGUACCCAAGAUCGCUAUUGGCAUUUCACAAUCCCGCUGUGGUUCUCCUUGGCAGGAUUCAUCAUCGUGGCCGCUACGACUAAUUUCGGUGCACGCUAUUUCGGCGCCAUGAUCAUGAUCCCAGGAAUCUAUUCUGGAUUCAACAUGGCAUUUGCUUGGACUGCGAACACGAUCUACGGACCGCCCGGCAAGCGAGCAGUUGCCAUUGCUUUUAACAAUGCUUUCUCUGGUCUCGCUGGGUUAUAUUCCGCGUAUCUAUAUCCUUCGAACGCUGCCCCAAGGUAUGCUAUUGCUCUAGGAGUGAGCGCUGGUAUGGUCUUCAUGGCAAUCUGUGCGGCGACCGCUCUGCAUUUCCUGCUGGCUCGCGAGAACAGAAAGAUCGAAAAGCAGGAACAGGAAAGUAAUGGCGACGACUCUGUCCUCGCUCACCCACGUGGGUUCCGCUUCCUAACCUGA